AUGUCUAGAUCAUAUCGAACAAUCAUUCUCAAGAAGAGUGUUCCCAGUGGCCAAACCGUCUCGCCGGAUCACUUUGAAACCCGGAUACUACCAAUCCCGAAGAUUGUUGAAGGCGAGGCUCUCUUACGUCCGCUAGCCUUUUCGGUGGAUCCCUGUCAACGAACUCUCCUCUCCGGGGCCACCGACACGAUGCUCCCACCCUAUGUUGUGGGCAGACCUAUGUUCGGCUCUGCUGUCGCCCGUGUCAUCGAGACCAGAACCCCCGAUUUGACGAUCGGAAGUUUAGUCCAGGGUUGGUUUGACUGGGCAGAUUAUGUGGUCACUCGUCCCAGCAAAGACGACAUGGGCCCAACACCCAUUGAUCCCCAAAUCGAGAAACCAUCGUACGCGCUGAAUGUCUACGGCAUCACUGGCCUCACAGCCUACUUUGGAAUGAUUGAAGUCGCCCAGGUCCAGAGAGGCGAGACAGUCGUGAUCUCCAGUGCAGCUGGCAGCACAGGCUCAAUUGCUAGCCAGAUUGCCAAGAUCCGGGGCGCAAAGGUGAUAGGGUUGACGAGCACCCAGGCAAAACGAGAAGUUUUGACAGGUCAGCUGGGCUUGGACUACGCUCUUGACUACCGGGCCGAGGAUUUCGCAGACCAACUACGCUCUAUUGCCCCGAACGGUCCCGAUCUUUACUUCGACGCGGUGGGAGGUCAGCUCUCACAAACCAUCAUGCAGCAGAUGCGCCGCCCAGCCCGUGUCGUUGAGGUUGGUCAGAUCUCUACCUACGCUGAUGAUGAGAAAGCAUGGACAGUGAAUAUCACUCAUAUCCACAUGAAUGGCCUCCGUUUUGAGGGGUAUCAACCCCUGCUCUUCAUCGAUCAGUGGCCGAAGGCGGUUCAAGAGCUUCAAGAAUGGGUAAACUCGGGCGCUAUCCAGCCCCUAGAGACGGAAAUGAUCGGAUUAGAGUCUCUUCCUCGAGCUUUGGAAGCGCUCUUUGAAGGUCAGAACACGGGAAAGAUGGUAGUCUUAGCCGAAGGUGACGAACAGUUAAUGCACUAG